AUGGAUGAAAAGAUGGAUACACAAGAAGAUGGAAUUAUGAAGGCGACGGAAGAGCUGAAAGACAUGGAAUGCAAUGAUGUUGAUGCUUAUGGAGAUGCAGACGAUCUGGAGAUGGGCGAUGAAGCGAGAGACAGCUUGCAGGAGUUGAAUGUAUGUUAACAGUGGCAUAAAAUUUUGUAAAGUUUAAUGUCGAUUAAUUUUUUAAUAAGUUAAUUGUUUUGAUAUUGUACUUUUAGUUAUGAAACAAUUGUACUAUUCUAGAUUUCUUACUGAAAAUGAAUAUUUAGAGUGAAUUGUGGGAUAGGCUACGUGAAGAGAAGAAGUCCCAGCCCAGUAUGUUCGUAUCUGGCUGGGAAGAAGAUGAGACUGGGUUGGAACCAGGAGAUCCAGAAAAAGACAGCGAAAAGUUUUUGACAGCAGCCGAACACGGCGAUCUGGCUACAUUACAGACGAUGUUUGGCAAAAAUUCUAAUCUUUUGUGUGCUAGAGAUCGAGACUUUUAUACUCCACUACAUAGGGCUGCUUAUAACAAUCAGGUGGAGACCGUCAAGUGGUUACUUUCUGUUGGUAAGCUGUUUCCUUUAAUUCUUACUUUUUAGGUAACAAAAGAGUUGAAUAUAGGAAAGAAAGUGGCAUUAUAAGACUUAUAUUCAUUAUAAGUGUUACUCAGCGUUUAAUCAUUGAGUUAGCGUUAUAUUAAACACUUUCUUUGAAGGAGCAGACCCUUCUCUGAGGACCGAAGACGGCUGGACAGUUCUCCAUUCAGCAUCUUGUUGGGGUGCUUAUCGGAUAGUCGGCCUUCUCCUACAACAUGGUGUAGAUGUAAACUGUCGUUCGAACGGAGACCUUACACCACUUCACCUUGCUGUAAACUCUGCUGCUGACUCAGAGAACCAACUAACCACAAUCAAGUAUCUUCUAGAUACUCCAGGCAUCGAUAUGGCCGCGUUGAACAAAGCGGGGGAGACCCCACUGGUUCUGGCUAGAAGAGCUCCGCCUGAAGUGUCUGAAGUUUUAACUAGAUACCUUAAACGUCCUUAA